CAACCCCAUUGUCAUCUUAAUCCUAACCUUAUAAUUUUUAAAAUAUUUUAUUCUUACUAAAAACAUUAUUAAUGUGUUUUUUAUAAUGUCAAAAAAUUAGACUAUUAAAAAAAAUAUCUGUACUCACUUAAACAAAACCAUGUUUCGUACAUUUUUCAAAACUUUAGAACCUGUAACUAAUAAAUUGGCACGAGCAGUGGGUGGUGCUGGUAGCAGUGGAACCAGUGCAGGGUCAUCUGCAUUUGAGCGAAAUUGUGAGAGCAAAGAAGAACAGUUGUCAGCUGCCCUAAAGCGAACACUGCCUGGCAUCACUUACAUCAGUGUGGAGGACAUAUCUGGAGGAUGUGGUGCAAUGUUUGAGAUUAGUGUUGAAGCCAAAGAGUUUAUAGGAUUAUCAACAGUGAAACAACAUCGCUUGGUGACUGACUCGCUUAAGAGUGAAAUAGCAGAAAUGCACGGCAUCCGUAUCCACACAACCCCAUCGAAGGCAACAUGAAGUGUAGUUUUAAUUUGUUAUUAGCUUUAAAUUUUGUAAAUAAAAAUUAGGCUGAAUAAUUAGUACAUUUUAGAAUUAAAU